GUAGUCUGUUGUGUAAAUGUACUACAGCUUUUUUAUCCGCUCAUCUACUGAUGGAAAAGAAGACAUUUUAAAAGGGUGACUUUCUACUGGCAGCUGGAACAUAGGCUCUAGGCUAGGCUCUGCCAUGAAGCUAGUUGUAUUUCCCGGACAAGUAGGUUUGUGGAUCUCAUCUUCAUUGUGUUCAAAGAGGGUAUCUCCAUUUUGCAGAUAAAGAAAUAGGAGCUUGGUGAAGGUAAGUAACUUGCCCAGGUUUUCACACAGCCUGUACCAGGGUCUUUUUGGGAAUCGGCUUUUGCUACCUUGGGCCCUUGUUAGCUCAAAUACUGGGAUAUGAGAUGCUUGGUUUGUUAACCACUUAGAACUGUUUUUUUGGAGAGUUUGAGAAAUAACUGGACUUGAGUUCACAUUACCAUCACAGGUAACUGUGAGUCUCCCUAGCUCACAUUUAAUUGACCAAUAAAACGUCUAAUGCUGAUUAUAAGCCUAUUUUUUCUCUUUUUUGUCUCUGCAUUAUAGGCAUAAUAACACCUUAAAGGUUUUUAGGACUAUUAUGAGUCUGAUUAAACUGGCUUUGUAAACAGUCAAACGGGGAUAUUGUGUUUUAUAAUAAAUAUAUAUUUGGUCUUCAUCUUGUUUCUGGUACAGAGCUCCUAAAACCCUUGGAAUUUCCAAAGUGAUAAGAGCGAUAAAAAUGUCUUUUGAUAUUCAUCACAAAUCCUUUUCAACCACACUUGAGUUUAAAUGAGAUGACUUCUGGAACUUAAGAGUGGGGCCUGGUUGAUGCAACUGAUUAUAUAGAGGGUUGGACCUUUCAGACCCCCCUCCCCCCACCUCUGGGGAGGGGGAAGGAUUGGAGGUUGAGCUCAGUCACCAAUAGCUAGUGAUUUAAUCAACCACGCCUAUGCAGUGAAGCCUCCAUAGAAACCCAGAGGGAUGGGGUUCGGAGAGCUUCCUUCUGUGGCUGGGAGAGUGGUGAGCUCAGAGCAGCCUAGAAGCUCCUCGCCCCCUCCCUUAUGCAUCUCUUCAAUCUGGCCAUUCUGAGUUAGGUCCUUUUAUAACUAACCGGUAAUUUAGUAAAGAAACAUUUCCUGAGUUCUUUGAGCUCUCUAGCAAGUUAAUAGGACCCAAGAAAAGGGGGUCAUGGGAACCUCUGAUUUAUAGCCUGACAGAAAAGCACAGGUGACAACUUGGACUUAGGAUUGGCACCUGAAGAGUGUGUGUGUGGGGGGUGGAGGGGGAGGCAGCCUUGUGGGACUGAGCCCUUAACCUGUGGGAUCCCACACUCUCGCCAGGUAGAAGUAUAGGGCACCCAGUUGGUGUCCCAGGAUUGUUUGGGGCAGGAACAACUACCACACAUUUGGGGACCAGAAUUGUCAGACGUGACAUACUGUGCAGUCAGUAUGUGUAAUAUAAACGGAAACAGCAGACUGUCUUACACAAUUCUAGAUGGCAAGGACAUACUUUCUGCCUAUAGAAUUUAGUCUUGUAGAUAAAGAACUAAAAUAAGUUUUUGUUUGUUUGUGGGUUUUCCCCUUUGUCUAGUGUCACUUUUUCACUAGCAGCAUGUAACUACACAGGUAGCUAUCCCAUACAUAUUUUCUAGAAAAGAAAAUUUCUCCAAAAUUUAUUGGGUGCCUCAGUCUUCACCUCUUAGGGCUAGUCAGAGAAAGGAUGAGAUGCUCUCUUCUUUACCCUCUAGAAAGAGAUAUUUUGUACUAGUGAAAACACCAGCCGGUAAAUCCAGACUAACAAACAAAAGAUCAUGUCUUUUCUAGGCUCUGCGUUAAGAAAUCCUAAGUGGAAGGUGCUCACGUUGGCGCACUCUUUUUCCUCCUUACUCACAUGGGAGAUCUGGGACAGAAGUCUUUUUUUCCUGCCUAAAGACCUUAGUGUUACCUGGAAAUUGCAGAGAGGUGACUGCAGGGGUUAUACAGCUGGUUUCCCUGUAGUUGAAUAAUCAUGGGCCAGACUGGGAAGAAGUCUGAGAAGGGACCAGUUUGUUGGCGGAAGCGCGUGAAAUCAGAGUACAUGCGGCUGCGGCAGCUCAAGAGAUUCAGGCGAGCCGACGAAGUAAAGAGUAUGUUUAGUUCCAAUCGUCAGAAAAUUUUGGAAAGAACCGAAAUCUUAAACCAAGAAUGGAAACAGCGAAGGAUACAACCUGUGCACAUCCUGACUUCUGUGAGCUCAUUGCGCGGGACCAGGGAGUGUUCAGUGUCCAGUGACUUGGAUUUCCCAACACAAGUCAUCCCAUUAAAGACUCUCAAUGCUGUUGCCUCAGUACCCAUAAUGUACUCUUGGUCUCCCCUACAGCAGAAUUUUAUGGUGGAAGAUGAAACUGUUUUACAUAACAUUCCUUAUAUGGGGGAUGAAGUUUUAGACCAGGAUGGGACUUUCAUUGAAGAACUAAUAAAAAAUUAUGAUGGAAAAGUACAUGGGGAUAGAGAAUGUGGGUUUAUAAAUGAUGAAAUUUUUGUGGAGUUGGUGAAUGCCCUUGGUCAGUACAACGAUGAUGAUGAUGAUGAUGAUGGAGAUGAUCCUGAUGAAAGGGAAGAAAAACAGAAAGACCUGGAAGAGAACCGAGACGAUAAAGAAAGCCGCCCUCCUCGGAAAUUUCCUUCUGACAAAAUUUUUGAAGCCAUUUCCUCAAUGUUUCCAGAUAAGGGCACAGCAGAAGAAUUAAAGGAAAAAUAUAAAGAACUCACUGAGCAGCAGCUCCCAGGGGCACUUCCUCCUGAGUGUACCCCGAACAUAGAUGGACCAAAUGCUAAAUCUGUUCAGAGGGAGCAGAGCCUGCAUUCAUUUCACACACUCUUCUGUAGGCGAUGUUUCAAGUACGACUGUUUCCUACACCCUUUUCAUGCAACACCCAACACUUAUAAGCGGAAGAACACAGAAACGGCUCUGGACAACAAGCCGUGUGGACCACAGUGUUACCAGCACUUGCCACUCCUACCUAGGACUAAGUGGGUAUAUAUUGCCUGUUGGAUUUUGGACAGAAGAUUCAUUGAAUGGCACCUGCAGAAGGAGGGAGCUAAGGAGUUCGCUGCUGCCCUCACUGCCGAGCGGAUCAAGACGCCCCCCAAACGCCCCGGAGGCCGCAGACGAGGGAGGCUUCCCAACAACAGCAGGCCCAGCACCCCCACCAUCAAUGUGCUGGAGUCCAAAGACACGGACAGCGACAGGGAAGCCGGCACGGAAACGGGAGGGGAGAGCAAUGACAAGGAGGAGGAGGAGAAGAAGGACGAAACCUCCAGCUCCUCCGAAGCGAAUUCUCGGUGUCAAACCCCAAUAAAGAUGAAGCCGAACAGUGAGCCCCCUGAGAAUGUGGAGUGGAGCGGAGCUGAGGCCUCCAUGUUCCGGGUCCUCAUCGGCACCUACUACGACAACUUCUGCGCCAUUGCCAGGUUAAUCGGGACCAAAACCUGUAGACAGGUGUAUGAGUUUCGGGUCAAAGAGUCCAGUAUCAUAGCUCCAGUUCCCGCCGAGGAUGUUGACACCCCUCCAAGGAAGAAGAAGAGGAAACACCGGUUGUGGGCUGCACACUGCAGAAAGAUACAGCUGAAAAAAGACGGCUCCUCCAACCAUGUUUACAACUACCAGCCCUGUGACCAUCCUCGGCAGCCUUGUGACAGUUCGUGCCCUUGUGUGAUAGCCCAGAAUUUUUGUGAAAAGUUUUGUCAGUGUAGUUCAGAGUGUCAGAACCGCUUUCCCGGAUGCCGCUGCAAAGCGCAGUGCAACACCAAGCAGUGCCCCUGCUACCUGGCCGUCCGCGAGUGCGACCCUGACCUGUGUCUGACGUGCGGAGCUGCUGACCACUGGGACAGCAAGAACGUGUCCUGCAAGAACUGCAGCAUCCAGCGGGGCUCCAAGAAGCAUUUAUUGCUGGCACCGUCUGAUGUGGCUGGCUGGGGGAUUUUCAUCAAAGAUCCUGUCCAGAAAAAUGAAUUCAUCUCAGAAUACUGUGGAGAGAUAAUUUCUCAAGAUGAAGCCGACAGAAGAGGCAAAGUGUAUGAUAAAUACAUGUGCAGCUUUCUCUUCAAUUUGAAUAAUGAUUUUGUGGUGGAUGCUACCCGCAAGGGUAACAAAAUUCGUUUUGCAAAUCAUUCGGUCAAUCCAAACUGCUAUGCAAAAGUCAUGAUGGUGAACGGCGACCACAGGAUAGGGAUCUUUGCGAAGAGAGCCAUCCAAACCGGCGAAGAGCUGUUUUUUGAUUACAGAUACAGCCAGGCCGACGCCCUGAAGUACGUGGGCAUCGAGCGAGAGAUGGAGAUCCCUUGACGUCUGCUACCUCCUCCCCUCCUCCUCCGGAACAGCUGCCUUAGCUUCAGGAACCUCGAGUACUGUGGGCAAUUUAGAAAAAGAAAAUGGUUGAAAUCCUGAAUUUGCAAAGUACUGUAAGAAUAAUUUAUAGUAAUGAGUUUAAAAGUCAACUUUUUAUGCCUUCUCACCAGCUGCAAAGUGUUUUGUACCAGUGUUUUUGCAAUAAUGCAGUAUGGUACAUUUUUCAACUUUGAAUAAAGAAUACUUGAACUUCU